AUGACCUGCACAGAACGCUGCAAUCCGUCGGUACCAUCUAAGGUAUUUCAUGAUCUGUACAAUCUGGAGGAACUGAAACUUGAAAACUAUGUUCUAUCAGAAAUGGCAGCAGAUGUUUUCGAUGGAUUGAGUCAGAUGAAAAGCAUAGAGAGAAGUGCUUUCAAAGCCAUAGUGAAGGUAUCAUUAUUAAGCAUGCCAAUGAGUGAUGUGCUCCAUGCUCAACUCGUACACUCUGGAAUCCAGCAAAUUGAAGAGAUGGAUUUGAGGGGCAAGUAUUCUCUGGACCAACGCUUCCAGAAGAUAAACAGCCCAUUUGUCUGCCUAAAUCACCUAGAAAGACUGUAUCUGUUAGGGAGUCAUAUUCAUAUAGAAGACUUUGCGUUCCAGGGGCUUCACCAUUUGCAGGAACUAUUCCUACAAACUCCUGGGUGGAAUUCGAGUGGAAUGACACCAGAACUCCUCAUAUCUCAGUCUGCUUUUAAGGGACUUAGUGGGCUGCAGAGCUUAAUAGUCACUGCACCCUUGUAUGUUUUAAAACCCGAAGUGUUUGUAGAUAUUUCAAAUGUAAAAAUGUUAGACUUCACUGCAUGCAAAAUUCAAGUAAUUGAAGACUUUGCUUUUAAAAACCUAAGUGAGGUGAGACACAUGGAUCUCAGAAUGAAUAAGAUUUCUAAACUAACAAAAAACACCUUCUUUGGACUUCAGACCCUGGAGAGUUUGAUGCUUGAACACAAUCCACUGAUGCACUUAGAAGCCGAAUGCUUUGCCCAUUUGCCCUCCCUUAGGAUUCUCCAUCUCGGGAAUCUGAAGCUUCCCAACACUGAGCCCUUUGGAAUGCAAGUUCUCAACCUGAGUCUCAUCUUUGGGGGCUUCCCUCGCAACCUGUCUGAACUCACCAUCACAUCUGCUGUGCGCCCUAUGACUUUGGUCAUCGCUGAUGACAGCACCCCAGACGUGGACUUGAGUCUCACUCUCUCCGGCCAGAAGAUUGUUUUAUGGGGAUGCAGUAGACCCUUUCUACAAUCUGUUACCAAACUCUAUGUUGUGACAGACUUGUUCAUUUGUGCGCCUCAACAUACAGUUGCUCUCUGUUACUUCACAUCAGUGGUCUCCUUGGAUUUUUCUCAGGUGCAUUCCAGCACUAUCCAAAGUCUCUCUUGCCUCAACAGAUUGGUGAAUUUAAAGAGUUUAGAUAUUGAACGUGUCAACUUUAUCAAUGAUCCAGGUGUCAGUCACAUGUUUCACAACUUGACCCAACUACAGAUUUUUACACUUAGUCUGUGCUGGUUGGAUUCUUUGGAGGGCGAGCUCAGUCUGGAUCUGACCUCUCUGGAGUAUUUUUUCAUUGAUAGUAUAGAGACAGAACUCAGGGGCCCCGGUGCGUUGCACCGGUUGCACCGUCGCACGCUACGCCCCUGGUUCCUCCAUUGGGCAAGGAAUAAGCAACAGACAGAGGUGUUUAUGUCAAACCCCCUGGACAAUCCUGAAUGGUGUUUGUCUGGGGGUGGGCUCCAGGACCUAGACAGCUAUGGCCAGGCCCACUGCUGGAUGUGGGCUCUGGAUGUGGGGUUUGUGUUGUUUGUCAGCACAUUGUGCUUCCUCCUGCUGUUCAUGACGGUUGUGCUGCUGCAUCAGUUGGCCAAAGACUACCUGCAGGCCUUCUACCACAUCGCUCACGGCUGGUUGAAUGAGGCACUGCGUCACCACCAGAACACCAGAGGGCGCUACCUUCAUGAUGCCUUUGUGUCUUACAGUGGCAGGGACGAGCGCUGGGUGAUGGAGGAACUCCUGCCCAACCUGGAGCGCAGGGGACCCCCAUUCCUGAAGCUUUGCCUGCACAGCCGGGACUUCCAGCUGGGGAAGGAUAUUGUGGAGAAUAUAACUGACAGUCUGUACAGGAGCCGCCGCACCCUCUGCCUGGUCAGCCGCCACUACCUGCGGAGCAACUGGUGCUCCCUGGAGAUGCGGCUUGGCACCUACCGGCUGCAGGUGGAGCACAGGGAUGUGCUGAUCCUGGUGUUCCUGGAGAAGAUCCCUUCUAACCUGCUCUCUGCCCAUCACAGGCUGGCCCGACUCGUCAAGACCAGGACUUACAUAGAGUGGCCUCAAGACCCAGCCCAACAGGAGGCAUUCUGGGAAAGACUCUGGAAAAAACUGUUGCCAGACAGGGUGCAAUGA